UGUUGUGCGGAGCGAGCGGCGGCGGCAGCACCAUCCAGGCGGGCACCAUGGGCACGUCCGCGCGCUGGGCGCUCUGGCUGCUGCUCGCGCUGUGCUGGGCGCCCCGGGAGAGCGGCGCCACCGGAGCCGGAAGAAAAGCCAAAUGUGAAGCCUCGCAGUUCCAGUGCACAAAUGGCCGAUGUAUCACGCUGCUGUGGAAGUGUGAUGGGGAUGAGGACUGCGCUGAUGGCAGUGAUGAGAAGAACUGCGUGAAGAAGACGUGCGCCGAGUCUGACUUUGUAUGCAACAAUGGCCAGUGUGUUCCUAAUCGAUGGCAGUGUGACGGGGAUCCCGACUGUGAAGAUGGUUCUGAUGAAAGCCCAGAACAGUGCCAUAUGAGAACAUGCCGCACAAAUGAAAUCAGCUGUGGCGCCCGCUCCACUCAAUGUAUCCCUGUGUCCUGGCGGUGUGAUGGUGAAAAUGAUUGUGACAGUGGAGAAGAUGAAGAAAACUGUGGCAACAUAACGUGUAGCUCUGAUGAGUUCACCUGCUCCAGUGGCCGCUGCAUCUCCAGAAAUUUCAUGUGCAAUGGCCAGGAUGACUGCAGUGAUGGCAGCGACGAGCUGGACUGUGCCCCACCAACCUGCGGGCCCCACGAGUUCCAGUGCAGCACCUCCUCCUGCAUCCCCAUCAGCUGGGUGUGUGACGAUGACGCAGACUGCUCGGACCAGUCGGAUGAGUCCCUGGAGCAGUGCGGCCGCCAGCCAGUGAUCCACACCAGGUGCCCGGCCAGCGAGAUCCAAUGUGGCUCUGGCGAGUGCAUCCACAAGAAGUGGCGAUGCGACGGGGAUCCCGACUGCAAGGACGGCAGUGAUGAGGUCAACUGUCCUUCCCGAACCUGCCGACCUGACCAGUUUGAGUGUGAGGACGGCAGCUGCAUCCACGGCAGCAGGCAAUGUAACGGCAUCCGAGACUGCGUGGACGGUUCUGAUGAAGUCAACUGCAAGAACGUCAACCAGUGCUUGGGUCCCGGGAAGUUCAAGUGCAGAAGUGGGGAAUGCAUUGAUAUCAGUAAAGUGUGCGACCAGAAGCAAGACUGCAGGGAUUGGAGUGACGAGCCCCUGAAAGAAUGCCAUGUAAAUGAAUGCUUGGUUAAUAAUGGCGGAUGCUCCCAUAUCUGCAAAGACCUAGUUAUAGGCUAUGAAUGUGACUGUGCAGCUGGGUUUGAACUCAUAGAUAGGAAAACCUGCGGAGAUAUUGACGAAUGCCAAAAUCCAGGAAUCUGCAGUCAAAUUUGUAUCAACUUAAAAGGCGGUUACAAGUGUGAAUGUAGUCGUGGCUAUCAAAUGGAUCUCGCCACGGGCGUGUGCAAGGCAGUAGGCAAAGAGCCAAGUCUGAUCUUCACCAAUAGACGAGACAUCAGGAAGAUUGGCUUGGAGAGGAAAGAAUAUAUCCAACUAGUUGAACAGCUGAGAAACACUGUGGCUCUCGAUGCUGACAUUGCCGCUCAGAAACUAUUCUGGGCUGAUCUAAGCCAAAAAGCCAUCUUCAGUGCCUCAAUUGAUGACAAAGUUGGUAGACAUGUUAAAAUGAUCGACAAUGUCUAUAAUCCUGCAGCCAUUGCUGUUGAUUGGGUGUACAAGACCAUCUACUGGACUGACGCGGCUUCUAAGACUAUUUCAGUAGCUACCCUAGACGGAACCAAGAGGAAGUUCCUGUUUAACUCUGACUUGCGAGAACCUGCCUCCAUAGCUGUGGACCCGUUGUCUGGCUUUGUUUACUGGUCAGACUGGGGUGAACCAGCUAAAAUUGAAAAAGCAGGAAUGAAUGGGUUUGACAGACGGGCGCUGGUGACAGCGGACAUCCAGUGGCCUAAUGGAAUUACACUUGACCUUAUAAAGGGCCGCCUCUAUUGGCUGGAUUCCAAAUUGCACAUGUUAUCCAGUGUGGACUUGAAUGGCCAAGAUCGCAGGAUAGUCCUGAAGUCUCUGGAAUUCCUAGCUCAUCCCCUGGCACUCACAAUAUUUGAGGAUCGUGUCUACUGGAUAGAUGGGGAAAAUGAAGCAGUCUAUGGUGCCAAUAAAUUCACUGGCUUGGAGCUGGCCACUCUAGUUAACAACCUUAAUGAUGCCCAGGACAUCAUUGUCUAUCACGAACUUGUACAACCAUCAGGUAAAAACUGGUGUGAAGAAGAUGUGGAGAAUGGAGGAUGUGAAUACCUCUGCCUGCCAGCCCCACAGAUUAAUGACCACUCUCCCAAAUACACCUGUUCCUGUCCCAAUGGAUACAAUCUAGAGGACAAUGGCCGAGAGUGCCAAAGGAUCAAUGUGACCACAGCAGUAUCGGAGGUCAGUGUUCCCCCUAAAGGGACUUCUGCUGCCUGGGCCAUCCUUCCCCUCUUGCUCUUAGCAAUGGCAGCAGUAGGUGGCUACUUGAUGUGGCGGAAUUGGCAACAUAAGAACAUGAAAAGCAUGAACUUUGACAAUCCUGUGUACUUGAAGACCACUGAAGAGGACCUAUCAAUAGACAUUGGUAGACACAGUGCUUCUGUUGGACACACGUACCCAGCAAUAUCAGUUGUAAGCACAGAUGAUGAUCUAGCCUGACUUCUGAGACAAGUCACGACCUUUGAGGUCUGAACCAGUGAAACCCCCCACUUCGGAAUGGUAACCAAGCCAGUAGCUGAAGCCUCUUUCUUCCUCCCAUCUGGAAGAACAUCAAGAUAUCUUUGCGUGGAUCAAGCUUGUAUACUUAAUCAUUUUUAUAUUACUUUUGUAAAUAUUCCCAUCCACAUUCUCCUUCAGUUUUGGAUGUGGUUACCAAAAGUAUCUGUAACCCUUGAAUUUCUAGACAGUAUUGCCACCUCUGGCCAAAUAUGCACUUUCCCUCGAAAGCCAUAUUCCAGCAACGAAACUUGUGCUAUAGUGUAUACCACCUGUACAUACAUUGUAUAGGCCAUCUGUAAAUAUCCCAGAGAACAAUCACUAUUCUUAAGCACUUUGAAAAUAUUUCUAUGUAAAUUAUUGUAAACUUUUUCAAUGGUUGGGACAAUGGCAAUAGGAUAAAACGGGUUACUAAGGUGAAAUUGCCAAAAAAAAAAUUUGUAAACUAAUUUUGUACGUAUGAAUGAAAUCUUUGACCUCAAUGGAGGUUUGCAAAGACUAAGUGUUCAAACUACUGUACAUUUUUUUUUUCAAGUGCUAAAAAAAAAAUUAAACCAAGCAGCUUAACCAUG